GGGGCCGUCGCGGGAGGGGGCUGCAAGGAGGCUGUCGCGCUGUUCCGGAGGGUGCCUGCGGCGGCUGAAUUCCUGUGCUGCGACUGUGCCGCGCCCAGAGCAGCAGCAACAGCGAAGAUGCGAGGCCAUUACCUGUUUGAUCCCUGUCGGAAACCUGGCACGGGCCAACUUUUCCCGAUUAUCACGCCAAGAAGUUGCAAGGACUAGUCGAAGACUCGGAGGGGCCAGGGCGAGGGCGCGCUCCCCCGCGCGCUGCCUCCUGCCUCCUCCCUCCUCCCUCCGGCCGCCCGAGCUCCCGGCCUCUCUCCCGCCCGCGCUCACUCCCUCCGCCCGCCUCCCUCCUCUGGCCCCCUCCGCGCGGCACAGGGCGGGGGGUGCCGCGAAACUCCGACCCGAGCCACUUGGACUUGCACAGUGUCCGCCGGGCGCAGGGGCCGACCGCACGCAGUCGCGCAGUUCUGCCUCCGCCUGCCAGUCUCGCCCGCGAUCCCGGCCCGGGGCUGUGGCGUCGACUCCGACCCAGGCAGCCAGCAGCCCGCGCGGGAGCCGGACCGCCGCCGGAGGAGCUCGGACGGCAUGCUGAGCCCCCUCCUUGGCUGAAGCCCGAGUGCGGAGAAGCCCGGGCAAACGCAGGCUAAGGAGACCAAAGCGGCGAAGUCGCGAGACAGCGGACAGGCAGCGGAGGAGAAGGAGGAGGAGGCGAACCCAGAGAGGGGCAGCAAAAGAAGCGGUGGUGGUGGGCGUCGUGGCCAUGGCGGCGGCUAUCGCCAGCUCGCUCAUCCGUCAGAAGAGGCAAGCCCGCGAGCGCGAGAAAUCCAACGCCUGCAAGUGUGUCAGCAGCCCCAGCAAAGGCAAGACCAGCUGCGACAAAAACAAGUUAAAUGUCUUUUCCCGGGUCAAACUCUUCGGCUCCAAGAAGAGGCGCAGAAGAAGACCAGAGCCUCAGCUUAAGGGUAUAGUUACCAAGCUAUACAGCCGACAAGGCUACCACUUGCAGCUGCAGGCGGAUGGAACCAUUGAUGGCACCAAAGAUGAGGACAGCACUUACACUCUGUUUAACCUCAUCCCUGUGGGUCUGCGAGUGGUGGCUAUCCAAGGAGUUCAAACCAAGCUGUACUUGGCAAUGAACAGUGAGGGAUACUUGUACACCUCGGAACUUUUCACACCUGAGUGCAAAUUCAAAGAAUCAGUGUUUGAAAAUUAUUAUGUGACAUAUUCAUCAAUGAUAUACCGUCAGCAGCAGUCAGGCCGAGGGUGGUAUCUGGGUCUGAACAAAGAAGGAGAGAUCAUGAAAGGCAACCAUGUGAAGAAGAACAAGCCUGCAGCUCAUUUUCUGCCUAAACCACUGAAAGUGGCCAUGUACAAGGAGCCAUCACUGCACGAUCUCACGGAGUUCUCCCGAUCUGGAAGCGGGACCCCAACCAAGAGCAGAAGUGUCUCUGGCGUGCUGAACGGAGGCAAAUCCAUGAGCCACAAUGAAUCAACGUAGCCAGUGAGGGCAAAAGAAGGGCUCUGUAACAGAACCUUACCUCCAGGUGCUGUUGAAUUCUUCUAGCAGUCCUUCACCCAAAAGUUCAAAUUUGUCAGUGACAUUUACCAAACAAACAGGCAGAGUUCACUAUUCUAUCUGCCAUUAGACCUUCUUAUCAUCCAUACUAAAGCCCCAUUAUUUAGAUUGAGCUUGUGCAUAAGAAUGCCAAGCAUUUUAGUGAACUAAAUCUGGGAGAAGGACUGCCAAAUUUUCUCAUGAUCUCACCUAUACUUUGGGGAUGAUAAUCCAAAAGUAUUUCGCAGCACUAAUGCUGAUCAAAAUUUGCUCUCCCACCAAGAAAAUGUAAAAGACCACAAUUGUUCUUCAAAAACAAACAAAACAAAACAAAACAAAAUUAACUGCUUAAAUGUUUUGUCGGGGCAAACAAAAUUAUGUGAAUUGUGUUGUUUUCUUGGCUUGAUGUUUUCUAUCUACGCUUGAUUCACAUGUACUCUUUUCUUUGGCAUAGUGCAACUUUAUGAUUUCUGAAAUUCAAUGGUUCUAUUGACUUUUUGCGUCACUUAAUCCAAAUCAACCAAAUUCAGGGUUGAAUCUGAAUUGGCUUCUCAGGCUCAAGGUAACAGUGUUCUUGUGGUUUUACCAAUUGUUUUUCUUUCUUUUUUUUUUUUUAGAUUUGUGGUAUUCUGGUCAAGUUAUUGUGCUGUACUUUGUGCGUAGAAAUUGAGUUGUAUUGUCAACCCCAGUCAGUAAAGAGAACUUCAAAAAAUUAUCCUCAAGUGUAGAUUUCUCUUAAUUCCAUUUGUGUAUCAUGUUAAACUAUUGUUGUGGCUUCUUGUGUAAAGACAGGAACUGUGGAACUGUGAUGUUGUCUUUUGUGUUGUUAAAAUAAGAAAUGUCUUAUCUGUAUAUGUAUGAGUCUUCCUGUCAUUGUAUUUGGCACAUGAAUAUUGUGUACAAGGAAUUGUUAAGACUGGUUUUCCCUCAACAACAUAUAUUAUACUUGCUACUGGAAAAGUGUUUAAGACUUAGCUAGGUUUCCAUUUAGAUCUUCAUAUCUGUUGCAUGGAAGAAAGUUGGGUUCUUGGCAUAGAGUUGCAUGAUAUGUAAGAUUUUGUGCAUUCAUAAUUGUUAAAAAUCUGUGUUCCAAAAGUGGACAUAGCAUGUACAGGCAGUUUUCUGUCCUGUGCACAAAAAGUUUUAAAAAGUUGUUUAAUAUUUGUUGUUGUAUACCCAAAUACGCACCGAAUAAACUCUUUAUAUUCAUUCAAAGAAUAA